UAGAGUCUAUAACAUAACCUAGUCCUGGAUUUCGGGAAUGUUAUUUCCGGAUUGGUUUUCACAUGUAUAAUUUUCUUGAACACCGAACCCGAUUUAUUUUUGUGACAUUGAGGCGGGAAAUCCAACGUGGAAAAGGUUGGGGUAUGCAUAUCUCUUUUGAAUGCCGUUAUCCUUUCAUCUCAGAAAAUGUAUGAAAUGGACGAAGAAACAAGUGACACUUGGAAAGACCUGUUUGAUGGUGAUUUAACAUCACACUCUGGGUUUGUGACAUCUUCCACAAAAUUGGACAAGUUGUUACAGGAAUAUGAUUAUGCAACUUCGUCCAGGUUCCGAUGUAUAAAAAGUUCCAAAGAAUUUGGAAAAGAUGUUGAUGUAGGAAGAAUUGAUAACGCCCAUAUUAGAUUUGUGGACACACAGGGAAAUGCUGAACCCCAAACAGAAUAUGAUGCCAUCCCUUUCAUCAUUAUGGGUAAAAGAGUCCUUGAAUGUCAUCAGGGAUAUGACAGAGACAAAAGGAACAAUGAAAAGAAAAAAAUGAAAUCAAGAGAGAAUACUGAACAGUCCAUGAAAUUGGUUCAUAUUUUGUGUGAAUGGCCAAGGAUGGAUCUUCCCAUAACCAAGGGAACAGGAAAUAUACUAGGCUACAAUAUAGCAUCUCUGAUAUAA